AAACAAACCUUCUGCCGUCACUCACCGCCCUGCUAACCCUAAACACCGUCGAACGAAAACAAUACCAACCAGCCUCCUGAUUGGCUUUCGAGACCGGCUGCUCAGGCUGCAGAGCAACAGGGCAGCACAGCAACCAAAAAUUCGGAUACGAGAGCAGCAGGGAAUUUCUGCAGCUCGGCAGCGCUGCUGCUCUCGCCCAGUGCUAUGGGACCGCUCGUGUCGCUGCAGCUCUGCUGCUCCGCUGCUGUUGCUCUGCUGCUGCUGCUCAAAUCAAGGCUAUGGGACCCCGCCUUCACACACACACAGUCAGAAUUCGUGUCCUUUAGCGAGAACGCACGAAUCAGAGCUCGAUUCGUAGCAACCACUGUGGCAGCAACGUAGCAACUCUAGAAAUUUGUUCUGGCAACCAUGAAGCCAAAAUGGCGCCGUCCAGCAGACGUACGGUGGUGGUGUUGGUCGUUUGUGUUCGAUUUCGUGUUAUCCGUGUCUUUCGGAAUGUGGGAAGUACUGAGCAAACGAGUGGUUUUUGGUGAAUACCUUGCAAAUAACACCGUAAGUGCCGGAACGUGUGCAGGGCCGUCAGAAGGCAAGUGCGGGGCCCCGAGGCAAAAAACGAGGGAAGCUAAAACAAACAAAAAGCAGCACCAUGGCCCCGUUAAGAGGAUUGAGAAUUUUUUGCUAAUUUCUCCCGCAUUUCUCCGUGGACCAUUGAGGCCAAAACCUAGCACUUAACGAAAGCCCAGAGGCUCUUUGUUAGGUUAGGCUCAUCGUACUGUGCAAAUCGACGGGUUACGGACACCAAACCCUGAUCCACAACGGGCAAAACGAAACGAGCGUCGAAAUGCGGGGUAGUUGGUAACAGUACAUAAUGGUAAACGGAAAAGAAGACAAGGACAAGGAAGCGCACAAGCGAACUGCUGACUCCAACCCACAUAAGUUUACUUGCUACACAGAUUUAAAUACAAAACAAGUCUGGUCUUCCUAUCUUGAUAAGGUUUUGUUGUCACUUUCCUUGUGUCUUGUUUUGUAUUUAAACCUGUGUAGCGAGUGAACUUCUGGUAGUUGAGUGUCGGCAGUUCAUUUGUGUGCUUCUUUGUCCUUGUCCCUGGCUGCUUUCCGUUUAUCAUUAUGAACAGGCAAAAAAUAGCCAAUCUUGAACCUCUCUGCUAGAGACAAAAUCACAUCCUCACCUUGGUGUGGUAAAAAAUUGUCGUUAUUUGCUUCGUUCUCUUUCUGUGCUGCUCUCUAGCUGCUGAGCAAUUUCUUUUGCUACAGAAACGGCCAAACUGAACUCGGAUUCUCAAUAGAUCUUGACGAAAUUGACGACAAAAGUUCUUGACAAAACGACAGCUGAAUCCGGGCCAGCAGUUCGGCAUUCUGAUGUCUUGCUCACUGCAUUUGCAGGUGGAAGGAGAUCGCACCAAAUCUCCAAACUUAGCAGGAACUCAAACUUCUACAGAUAACAGGAGAUUAGGUAGUAGAUAACAGUAGAUUACACUUCACUUCUGGUUUUUGGGUUGUCUGUAGUUUGUGCCACAUCGUUAAGUGCAUUUCUGAUGCUUGUUGCUGGGAAUGCUUUGAUGCCUUCGACCCUGUUUUCCCAGCGUGCAAGACAAUGGUCUCGCAAUUAGGGAAGAAACGUUCUUUCGCAAUACAACCCAUCUUUUUGUUUAGGACACGAACAAUAUGUAGAUCUUCUGAGCUAUAGGCGAGCUGCACUUCAGCUUUGGAGCGCCACAUUGUGGCAGGAGGGCGCAUGCAUUCCCUGUCUCGCGUGAUAUUCCCUGCUUCGCUGUAAGGACGGGUUAUUCUGCCGUGCUUGGGCAUAUCCACAGCGGGGAGAUGACAAUUACUCACCAGACAAAGAAAACAAAUUAUUCACCGACAUUUGCUCACCCCGUUCCCUUUUUCCGUGAGACCACCCUAGCAGUUAUAAGCAUCUCUCACACACUCGCCGUAGCGCUCUAUGGCGUUUGUUGCCUUUCUGCCAUUAAACCCAUAAUCUCUCUCUCUCACUUAGGAUGACAUUGAAUAUGUGACUGCUACAAGGCAUGAAGAACGCACACGAGCUUGCGCCUUUCACUUUCCUCGAGCCCUUCAUGUUUGACACCCUGCCCGUGGCAGUUACGUCCAGGCCAAGCAGCCAUGUUCCGUGACUGUGGUUUUGAGUACCUCAUUAAGCCCUGCCUAGUGCUAUUCCCUAUGGCAACAAAUUCUGCAAAAUGCUCUCUAAAUUCAGGAUUGGAAUCAGCCUAAGGGGCAGAGCGCGGUGCGGCCGCACCAGCUGUAGACGUCUAGAGCCGGCCCUGAAUGUGAGGCAAGAAUGACCUGAUCUCCAUCAUAGGAGAACCGCUGGACUUUGCUGAUUCAGUGGGAAUGUUUGGAUGCACGAAUGAACAACAAUCAUACUCUGCAGAAAUGUUAUAGUGGGACUAUGGAAGGCCCUCAAGGCUCCUGUGACGCCUUGAGCGGAAGUUGCUCAACAACUCCGUCAGCAUCUGGGUGCUCUGUUGCUGAUGCUGAGUGCUCAGUUGCUGCUAACGACUCUACGACCGACAGCAUUCAUACAACAGAAGUGAUCCCAGGACCUUAUGAAGGUAGACCUUCAAUAUUAAAUCAGGAGGAGACUACUACGGACAGCACGUUCAAAUGCAGCACAUGCUCAACUUCAUUUGUUAACAGCUGUGACCUCGAGCUUCAUCUUAACACUCACAUGAAAAAGACAUUUGUGUGUGAAACGUGUUCUGCAUCAUUCACCAGUGCAUCGACGUUGACGAAGCAUGCAAAGGUCCACAUUGCACAGGGCCUACACGAAUGCCGAGUGUGCUCAUCCAAGUUUGUAACAGAGUCCCUUCUUGAUCGUCACAUGGUGCAUCACUCCGGUGAAAGACCUUACAAAUGCCAGCACUGCACGGCAACAUUUGCAUCGAACAAGAGCAUGCAGCAUCAUACGCGGACACACACGGAGAAGCGGCCACAUAAAUGUGAUCGUUGUCCGGCUGCAUUUUCUGUCCUCAGAAACUUGAGACGUCACAUUCAGUCCCACACGGGAGAGAAGCCACACAAGUGUAAAUUUUGCCCUUCUGCAUUCGCUCAAAGUGAAGACCUGAAACGUCACGUGCGUAGACACACAGGUGAGAAGCCGUACGAGUGCCACCUUUGUCCAGCGGCAUUUGUGGAGCAGAUAACCCUGAGAGAACACGUGCGAACACAUACGGGGGAAAAGCCAUACAAGUGUGCAAUGUGCCCCGCAGCGUUUGUGAACCGUGGGUACCUGAAGCAGCAUGCGCGCAUUCACUCUGGCGAGAAGCCGUACCAGUGUGAAUUCUGCCCUGCAACGUUUGCGCAGCUUGCAGGUGUGAAAUUUCACGUGCGAACACACACCGGAGAAAAGCCGUACAAGUGCGAAGUCUGCCCCGCCGCGUUCUCGCAGCCAAUAGCAUUGACGUACCAUGCGCGAAUACACACGGGUGAGAGGCCGCUCAAGUGCGAACUCUGUCCCGCAACAUUUGCACGCCCUCGGGGACUCAAGUGCCACAUGCUAACGCACACGGGGGAGAAACCAUACAAGUGCCACAUCUGUUCCUCUGCAUUUGCUGCGAGCCAGAGCCUCAAGUUUCACAUUCAUGCACACACAGGGGAGAAACCGUACAAAUGUGAGCAUUGUCAAGCUCUGUUUGCACGACCUCACAGCCUAAAGCGUCACGUAGCAGCGCACGUAAAAAAAGACUGCGCAGAAACAUGAAGUGUCGUACAUUCGCACAGGUUGAAGAGAAGCCACAACACUGCAACCAUCAUUAAUAGUAUCCCGAAAAAAAAAAAAAGAAACAUGAGAGCUUGGGUCUUGGUGAGACGGCAUGAAACUGUGUGUGCUGCCUUGUGGCACUGGAACAUUUCGCAUACUUGAAACAUGUAGGACACAUGUCAACAGUGCUUGCUAUCGUCAUCCCCCUCUCUCUUAUCCUGGUCAAUCAAUCAUCGCUCAUCGCUCAUACCUGUAGAUAGGUUUUAACUACCACACUCUCUCUCACAUCAUCUUUCCCAUAAUCGUCUCCGACACAGUCAGCAUAGUUUUGGCGCUCUAUGGCCUUUGUUGCCUUUGUGCCAUUAAACACAUAAUCAAUCAAUCAAUCAAUCAACAUGUCAACAGUGAUACAUAUAGCUGUUACAAUGUAAGUUGAAUAGCAGUGACAAGGGUUUUCUAGUUGACUUUCUAGAUGAAUGUGAGCACAGUUCCCUCUGAAGUUGGCAUGGGAACACAUGCUAAUCCCCCGUCUUACACUCCUUCCUGCUGUCCUCUCUGUAUCUGUUCAUGUCUGUAUGCUACUCAUAGCCACAGUUGCUUCGCAACGUUAGUAUGGAAUAAAAACAUAUAGAAAUGACAAAA